AUGGAGGUUGCUGGGGCGUACCUUCGUCUUGAAGGGGACGACAAAUACGCCAAAGGAAGCACGGCCAUCUGCUGCAAAGUGCUACUGUUGGUUGCCGCUGUCCUUGUCAUUGUGGCGCUUGCCAAGUACUUCUCCGAGCUGGAACAUUCGCCCAAGGAAGCGCUCUGCGCCACGAAAGACUGCACCGCAUUCGGCCUGGAGCUCAGCGCUGCCAUCGACACGGCGGCCGACCCAUGCCACGACUUCCACAGAUUCGUGUGCGGAAGCUGGGAAGACCCUAAGCGCCGAGAGACGACCGAGGCGCGCAUGGCGGCCGCCGCCGCCGACUUGGCGAUCGCCGAGAUGGAGACCGACGGAGGUCGCGCCAGCAAGGCGACGCAGUUCUUUCACAGCUGCAACACGGCGAGCGUGCAGAGGGAAGAUAAUCUCAGGGAAUUCGCCGAGCUCCGCCGGUCCCUCGGCCUGUCCUGGCCCGAGCGAAAGCCCAACGGCUCCGUCCAUCCUUUGGACGUCAUGGUGGACCUGGCGAUCAAUUGGGAAAUGAACUUCCUCUUCGAUCUGAGCGCCGUAUCUGUGCGCGAGUCCACCGCGUUGCUGUUUUCUCGGGGCCGUCUGGACGCGGGCUGGGAGCAGAGCGCACAUUACUCGUGGGUGCACUACGAGUACGAGAAUUACGCUAGGAAGUACUACGAGAUCCUCGGAAUCAGCGACGGACAGGUCGACAUUGAAUCCGCCAGCCUGCUUAAGCUGGAGAAGGCCAUCCUGAACGCGAAGGUGGCGUUUCUAUACGAUGCGCCUCGUCAAAGUUGGUUCAAGCUGAGCGACCUGGACAGCCACACGAAAACGGCAUCGGCUGCCCUCUGGCUUGGCUUUCUCACCAAGCACGACAAACAGUUCACCUGGACGGCUGAUAGCGCAGUGAUCACCGAAGACGUGAAAAUAUUUCGAAGCAUAGAUAAGUUGAUGAAGGACUUCGACCACGACCAGCUAAUCAUCGGGCUCUCGUGGAUGUUCAUCCAGACGCACCUGUGGGCUGUCUACGGCGAGCCGUCCAUUAGAUUCCACGGUACGCCCGACGUGCUUUCGACGGUGAGACGUCGUGGCUGCAUGGAGUACGUGGAUUCGCGUCUUGGGUUACUGAGCUUGUCCCAGGCCAUUAGCGAAUACUACGGCUUUAGCGAGAACCGCCUCCACGUGAUAAGCUUCUUGUACAGAAUCAAACAGAAUGUCAAGCGCCUGAUAAACAACCUCACCUGGAUGGACGAGGACAGCAAGCGCGUGGCGUACCGCAAGCUGGAACGCAUGACUAACGUACUAAUGCCGAACGACAGCUUCUUCGAUAGAGGGAAGCGCGACAAACUGUACAGCGUCUUCCCGAACAUGGCCGGCAACACAUUCGUGACGAAUAUCGUGAAGGCAUCCGAGAUCUACCGCGGACUCCGCAACCACGAGCACUUCGCGGACGUUUACAGCGUCCGCGUGCAUCCCCGAUUCGGACGCGAAAUGUACCUUUACCUUCCCAACCUGAUGAAGCUCGCUGUCCUCGACCUGCACCCUCCGCUGUUCUUCAAGAACGCCACGUUCGCGAUCAUCUACGGCGGCCUGGGAUCCUUCGCGGCUCGCCAGAUGGCCAGGUCUUUGGAUGACGUCGGCGUGACGGUGGACGACGCGGGUCAGAGCGGCAUUUGGCUCAGUCCCAACGCUGCCGCUGUGCACGCCGAGAAGGUCGCCUGCAACGUCCGAGCGAGCUCGUACGGGGGCGAGUGGCGCCCGAUGCGCCUCUUUCCGGUCGUUGUCGGCCUGGAGAUUGCGUACCGGAGCUACAUGGCAGCCGUUGCGGCGGACUACCGCGCUCUGGACGACUUCAAGGUGCACCACCUCGAGGCGUUCACGGACGACCAAGUGUUCUUCCUGACAUACUGCUACGCUUUGUGCUCGAAGCGGCCGCAGACCAUGGGCGACGAGUGCAAUGUGCCGCUCAAGAACUCGAAGCGAUUCGCGGCCGCCUUCCGCUGUCCCGAGAACUCGCGCAUGAAUCCGCGAAUCAAGUGUACGUUUUUUGAUCCCUGA